UUUCAAAUUUCGUACUUAAUCGAUCCAAAGUGUUAUUUCUCGUGAAAUCUUCUAAAUCGCAGUACUUGUCAGUUGCGAAAAUCACUUGAAAGAAAUCGUAUUUAUUCACAUAGACAUUUUUCGUUUCCCUUACACUUUAAUAAAAAAUGGAAAAAUUACUAGCAUUUGCUACUGAAUUACAGGCUCAAGGAGGUGGGUCAGCCAAUCCUCCUCCUCCUUCUAAUCAAAAAUUGGAUACUUCUGUUUUGGAUCAUAUUUUUGGAUCAAAUCCUGCGGAUGAAAUGAGACAUGCCAUGAAUGGCAUUGAAGACGAGUCUGUUCCCCUCGAUCAAAAAGAGAUUGCUUUUGAUAACUUAGAAAUGCUUGUUGAACAUAUUGAUAAUGCAAAUAAUUUGAAGCCAUUACAGAUGUGGCCUCGUUUAUUGAAGCAACUUGAAAACCCCGAACCAUCCCUUCGAAAACUCUGCGCCUGGGUUAUUGCUACUGCUGUACAAAACAACCCUCGUUCUCAAAAUGACUUAAUUGAAAAUGAUGGUUUAAAUAAGCUGUUUACUAGUUUACAAAAGGAGGACUCGGAUGAAGCCAAAAGUAAAAUUUUGUACGCUAUCACCAGUGAAUUGAAGCAUAAUGAGCCCGGCGUGUUUUUACUUGACAAGAUAGAGAAUGCUUGGAGUCAAUUGGAUGCUAUUCUUGAUAUGAAACAUUCCAACAUGACCAAACGUGUAAUCUUUUUCUUCAAUUCCUUGUUGAUUCAGGAAGACAAUUCCAAGCAGGUUCUUUUCGAGAAAGCCAAAGCAUAUUCUUUUACAAACAAGGUUUAUCAAUUUGCGUUACAACACUCAUCCGAUGAAGAUUGUGUUGCCAAAGCACUGCACACACUCUCUUUGUUCUCUAAACAUGGCUUGAAUGUCUCUGAUGUGCAAAGUUUAGUAAAAUCUGUCAAGGAAUUCGAAAGCACUUACCCUGAAAUCUUCACCACUGAAGAAUGGAAGUCUUUCCAUGAUUCGUUGGAGAAGUCUUUGUAAAAAGCAGAAAGAUCUCUUUGUACUUUUAUCUUUAAUAGUUAAAGUGGUUUAACGUUCUUGCUACUUGAUAAUAGUAGCUUUUCGUUAAAGCAAAACAAAGAUGUUGAAAAGGGUUUUGGGCUUAUGAUGUUUAAUUUGGUGCUGUUUACUUUGUUUUUCUUUCUUGAUCUAUGGUUAGGUUCAUGAAUUCAUAAUUGUUAUUAUUACGAUCAAGCAUUAAUAAUUUCUAUUCAUAAACGUAAAUAGUAAUCAUCAAAGAGAUUUUUCUAUUGCAAAUCCAUUCCAUGAGAGUAGCC